UUCAGUCGUUAGCGAUUGUUGGGAUUGCAAAGAUGUUCUUGUCGCGAAAUUGGAUGCAGGUGGUCCUGGCCUGGGCGGUGGCGGCUUUUGCCACGGCCACCGUAGUGGUUGCGGUGCAGAACGCGAAACUUGAGGCGGAUCUGCGCGAUGUACAGGAAAAGAUUGACAUCUACAAGGAGCUAGAUGUGCGUCCAACCCUCCAGCGAGAGAGACGCGAGGAUAAUAUUGACUAUCGUCUGCCCACUGCACUGUUGCCCAAACACUACGAACUCUACUGGCAUCCGGACCUAGAUACUGGCACCUUCACCGGCCAGGAGAAGAUCACCAUAGAUGUCGUUGAGGCCACGAAUCAAAUCAUUUUGCACUCUUACCUGCUGGAUGUGACGAAUGUUUAUGUGCUGAACCGAGAGGUAGUGGAAUAUGUUUUGGAGGUGGAACGCCAGCUCCUGAUCAUAACGUUGACGGAGGAUCUGGUGGUCGGUUCCAGCAUCACCUUGGGUAUUCUCUUUAACGGAAAUAUGACGGACAAGCUGGUGGGUCUUUACAGCAGCACCUACAAGUCGGAAGCGGGAGACCAACGAAACAUUUCGUCAACGCAAUUCGAGCCAGUCUAUGCCCGCCAGGCCUUCCCGUGCUUCGAUGAGCCGGCGAUGAAGGCUACUUUCGCCAUCACAGUGGUACAUCCCACAGGAUCUUACCACGCAGUCUCCAAUAUGAAGCUCUCCGAAUCCAAUUAUUUGGGCGAAUACACGGAGGCCAUCUUCGAGAGCACUGUAUCGAUGAGCACGUACCUGGUGUGCAUCAUUGUUUCCGAUUUUGCCUCCAAGUCCACCACUGUCAAUGCCAAUGGGAUUGGCGAGGACUUCACUAUGGAGGCUUUUGCCACUCCCCACCAGCUGAACAAGGUUGACUUUGCUUUAGAGUUUGGAGCUGCCGUCACGGAGUACUACAUCCAGUAUUAUAAUGUACCGUAUCCACUGACCAAACUGGAUAUGGCUGCCAUCCCCGACUUCUCCUCCAAUGCCAUGGAGCACUGGGGUCUGGUCACUUACCGCGAGACGGCUCUACUCUACGACGAGAGCUACAGCUCGACGCUCAACAAGCAGUCGAUCGCCGCCGUCCUGGCCCACGAGAUUGCUCACCAAUGGUUUGGCAAUCUAGUUACCAUGAAAUGGUGGAAUGACAUCUGGCUAAACGAGGGAUUUGCCCGCUACAUGCAGUACAAGGGAGUGAACGCAGUGUAUCCAGACUGGGGAAUGCUGGAGCAAUUCCAAAUAAUCGCCCUGCAUCCUGUCAUGGUCUAUGAUGCCAAACUCUCUUCGCACCCCAUUGUCCAGGAAGUGGAGUCACCGGCUGAGAUCAGCGCUAUUUUCGACACGAUCAGUUAUGAGAAGGGUGGCUCGGUCAUCCGAAUGCUUGAGAACCUUGUAGGUUCCGAAAAAUUCGAGGAGGCUGUUACUAACUAUUUGGUAAAGUAUCAGUUUGAAAACACGGUCACGGAUGACUUCCUGAGCGAGGUGGACCUUGUGACAGACUUUGAUGUGAAGCUCUUGAUGCGCACGUGGACCGAACAGAUGGGCUACCCGGUCCUGAAUGUGUCCCGUGGGGAUGCUGGCUUCCUCAUUACUCAGCAGCGCUUCCUCUCCAACAAGGCCAGCUAUGAGGAGGCUCCCGAAGACAGCGAAUUCCAGUACAGGUGGAGCGUGCCCAUCACUUACACCAUCGACGCUUGGGAGGACGACAAGAUCGAGAGCUUCGUGUUCGCUUACAAUAUUGACACGGAGGCAAUCGCACUGGACGCUGAUGUCCAGUGGAUUAAGCUGAACGUCCAUCAAUUGGGGUAUUAUCGCGUUAACUACGAAGAUAGUCUCUGGGAUGCCCUCAUCAAGCAAUUGAUAGCCUAUCCCGCCCGCUUCGACGUUGCCGAUCGCGCCCAUCUUUUGAAUGAUGCCUUCGCCUUGGCCGAUGCCAGCCAACUGUCCUACAAAGUUCCGCUGGAGAUGACCGCCUACCUUGGCCAGGAGCGUGACUUUGCGCCCUGGUACGUGGCGGCUGAGAAACUUAAGGCGCUGCAACGCAGCCUGAUGUUCAACGAGGGCUACGUUUCCUACUUGACCUAUGCAAGGACUCUGGUUGACAGCGUUUACCAGGAAGUGGGCUGGAGUGUGGACGCGAAUAACCACUUGAAUAAUCGACUGCGGGUGUCCAUCCUGUCCGCGGCCUGUUCCCUUGGCCUGCCCGACUGUCUGGACCAGGCAGCUCAGCGCUUCAACACCUGGCUUCAGAACCCCACCGCCGCCAACCGACCAGCGCCCGAUCUGCGCGAGAUCGUCUAUUAUUACGGCAUGCAGCAGUCGACUAGCAACUCCGACUGGGAUAAGCUAUUUGAACUUUUCAUGGAGGAAACGGAUGCCAGCGAGAAGCUGAAGCUUAUGUAUGGGUUGGCUGGUGUUCAGGACGCCCAGUUGCUGUUCAACUUCCUCGUACUGGCCAGUGACGAGAGUAUUGUGCGCUCCCAGGACUAUUUUACCUGCGUGCAGAACAUUGCUAGCAACCCCGUGGGCGAGCCCGUGGUGUGGGACUACUACCGAGAGCAAUGGCCCCAGCUGAGUGCUCGUUUCGGGCUGACAAAUCGCAACUUUGGCAGGCUGAUUGCCCAGAUCACGAAGAGCUUUGCCAGCCAGGUCAAGCUGGAGGAACUGCAGCAGUUCUAUGCCAAGUACCCGGAGUCCGGGGCCGGGGCCAACUCCAGGCUGGAGGCGGUGGAGACCAUCAAGUACAACAUCGAGUGGCUGAAGCAGAACAGCGGUGACAUAAGCGACUGGCUGAGUGGCACCUCCGUUCCGUUGACCAAGAAAAACCGAUUGUAAAGAUGGUCUUUACUGUACAAUAAAUGUUCAUACGUAAAUGUUUUAGAGCUAAUUGGCAAUUAGAAGGAAUUGCAUAAGAGAAAAACAAAAUUUCCGCUCAAGUUCAAUAAAAUAAAGUUCCAAAA